AUGCCAGAGCGGGAGCCAUAUGGGCAGUCAGUAGCACACAGAAGGUUCUCCUCCAUGAGGUUCUCCGUGGCCAUCACCUUCCUUGAACUGCCUUAUCCAAAGCCUUCUGUUUCUAUCAGUUCCAGUGAGGUAGUUACACAGGGAGGAAAUAUCACCAUCCAUUGUAAGAAUGAAAGCCCACCACAAGCUGAAUUUUCUCUGAACAAACAAGAGGGCUCCUCUUUACACCGUCUAUGUAUAAAGAAGGCAGAGCAAAAUGAGGUUAUAUUUACUAUUUCCAGUGCCCAUCAAUCAAAUGCAGGGAUCUACCGGUGUAUAUAUUGCUUAAAAAUAAACGCUGCAUAUGAGAAAUGUUCGGAUUACAGCGAUGAAGUCCAUAUCAAUGUAAGAGAUCCCAAGCUUGCCAAACCUUCCAUCAAGGUGAGACACAGAGGACCGCUUGCCUCAGGCCUGAAUGUCACCAUUGAGUGCCAGGGACCAGGGAAUGGUCUGAACUUCUCCUUAUACGAAUCCAAGGUUCUGAGAGCAUCACAGGUGACACAGCCAAAUGGAGAUAGAGCAGAAUUUUCUUUCUUCAUAGAAAGGAUGGAGAAAGCUACUAGUUAUGCCUGCCAAUACAACCGCAAAGAAAAUCCCUUUGUCUGGUCAGAGCCAAGUGAGACCGUAGAGCUUGUAGGACGAGACAAGGACUCAGGUUUGAAGCUUUUCAUAUAUCUGUCUCAAAGCAAACAAUGCAUUUUGUCUUAUUUCCCCUUUAUACCACUGGAAACUUUCAUCAGUGCAGAUGAUGAUGGACCCAUCUACAAUUCGCACAACGAUGGAGUCACCUAUGCUGUACUAAACCAACACUCCCUAAAGACUGAGCGGGCGGCUGUCCCUGGCAGAGCCCCUGAGACUUGCGUCUAUGCAUCCGUGGCCAAAGACAGUAUCCGGGAGGAGCGAUAA